AUGAAGUUGAACUCAAUCUUUCUACGCUAUCCCAGUACUACAACUAUGCACACCACACAAUUCCGUCUCCACAUUUCCUUCCUUUGCAGGUCCAGUAAUAACAGAUUCACCAUGAAGCUCACUAUCCUUGCCACCCUCAUCGCUUGCGUCUCUGCCUUCACUGGCGAGCCUCUGCGAACUUCGGUCAAGAGUUCUUCUGCACUCUCCAUGGCUGCUAUUCAGCCAAAGCUCGCCUACGUUCCAUGCAUUCCUUUGAGUGACCUCCCCAAACCUGGAAGUGCCACAUCUGGAGUUGCUGGAGGUCUUGCAAUCUGCAUUGCCGUCGACCCUAAGGGAUCUGUUUAUGCUCUUGGAGACAAGUGCCCCCCAGUCAACCAGCCUCUUUCCUUCGGAAAAGUCAAUGAUGACGGAACCAUCCAAGAUCCUGUCCUUGGAACCAAAUUCUCCUUGAAAACUGGUGAAGUUGUUGACUGGUGCCCAGCUGGACUUGGAAAAAUCAUCGGAGGAGCCUUCUCCCCCGUCGGUGUUCCCUCAUACCCCGUCCGUCAAUCAGGAGGAUCUUUGCAAGUCCAAGUUGAUGUCAACGCCAAGUUAGCCUUCGAAUCCAAGUACUGGACUGGUGUGCUUGAUGCCCAGGGAAAGUCCGACGGAACUUACUAUUAA